UCAAACAGAAAGUUGGUUACAAUAUUUGAAGAAAAUUCCGCCUUCUGUCAAAAUCAUAUUUUCUGCCACAAUAACAAACGUCGUGCACCGUAUACUUUACUAAAAUAAGCAUACAUAUUUCAGUUACAAUGAAUGGACAGGUUUGCAAAAUCUGUGGAGCCAAAGAAGCAAAGUACAACUGCCCGAGGUGCAACAUGAUGUACUGUUCCGUUCAGUGCUACAAAGCACAACAACAUCUGGAAUGCUCGGAAGGCUUUUACCGUGAGAAUGUCGUUCAAGAGCUAGCACUACGGAAAGCUGAUGCUGAUGCCGCACAACCUAGCAAAACUAUGCUGGAAAUACUGCAACGAGUGGAACAGAUGGACUCAAUGCAUGACGACGAUUCAUCCACAGGAGCUGCAUCCGACGUUGAAGAUGCGGAUCAACAACUUGAUUCAGAUGAUGAGGAACAGGAGGAUGAACUGGCAAGCAGAUUGAAGGGGAUCGAUUUGGACAAUGCAGCUGAAGUGUGGGAUCGGUUAACUGACGGCGAAAAGGAAGAGUUUCAACGGUUUCUCGAGAAUGGAGAUAUCGUGAAAAUGCUGCCCGAUCCAAACAUUUGGUGGACAAAGGCUUACAAAGUGGAUUUAGUACAGACAGCCGAAGAACCAUCAACACAGGAGCAGAAGUUGUUUGAAGCUUGUCCUAAGAUAUCAAACAACAUCCCCAAGCUAACCGACAUUCUGCACGACGCACCUUCUCCGUCGGUGCGGCACAACAUUGCCAAUGUGCUAGCGGCUUAUUCAUUCGUAUAUCGGUACUUUCUAGGAGAUAUACAUGAAGACGCAUUAGAAGCAGUCGACUGUAUGCUUGGUAUAUGCGUUAAUCUCAAGAAAAGCGUCAUUUUCGACACAGAACUUAUGGCAGUAACUUCCGUGGUUAGUGAGUGCUGUAAUGAACAGCUUCCGACGAACAAUGAAACGUUGGGCGCAAUGAAAACGGACGUCCAAACGUUGUUUUCGGGUCCAAAAGGAUGUGGCAAAAAGUAUAGUAGAUUGUUCCUUCUAUCAGCCUUAUCGGACAUACGUACAUUGUUGGGCGAAGCUAAGCGUGGAUUGAAAGAUUUAGACUUCAAAGUAGAAGCGUGUAGUAAAGAUAAAUUAAAUCAGGUUAAAACGGACGGUACCGAACUUAAGCAUGUCAAUGCUCCGUUGUUGCGGAGUUGUGGUAAAAAAAUAGAUUUUUAUCUCGCGUACGCUCGUUCCCCACAUUUGAAACUAUCGUAACGGAUUUGAGAAAGGAAAUAAAAACGAACACCGAGCGUGUUAUCAAAAUAUAA